CACCAUGAGUCCUUCUAUUAAUGCACACCAAAAUUUCCUCCACCCCUAUACUAUAGUCUAUACCCUCCCACCACUAUUAUUAUUUGCACAUAGCCAACAAAUUAAUCACUUGAAUACUUAGAGAGAGAAAAAGUUAUAUUAUAAUUGAGAGAGUGAAAAUUGAGCAUGGAAGUUGUUGUUGGCAUGAAGAAGGAGAAAAUGGAGUUUGAUGAAACUGAGCUAAGACUUGGAAUUGGAUCAACCAAAGCUAGUGAAGAAGUUGUAAGGAAGAGAGGAUUUUCUGAGACUGAAAAUCAUGAUGAUGAUGAUGAUGAGAACACUACUAUGGAUUUGAUGCUUAAUCUUUCUUCUAAGGAAGCUAGUGGUGAGGUAGAUCCAAAUGAUAAGAUCAAGAAUUUGCAAAAGGAGAAGACUCUUUUGCCUGAUCCUGCCAAGCCUCCUACAAAGACUCAAGUGGUGGGUUGGCCACCUGUCCGGUCAUACCGUAAGAACAUGUUAGCAAUGCAAAAAAGUAGUACUAAUUUUGGAGAUGAAAGUGAAAAGAACAAUGCAAUUAGCUUUGUGAAAGUUAGCUUGGAUGGAGCACCUUAUCUCCGCAAAGUCGACUUACAGAUGUACAAAAGUUACUCACAACUUUCUGAUUCCUUAGGCAAAAUGUUCAGCUCCUUCACCAUUGGCAACUGUGAAUCACAAGGAAUGAAGGAUUUCAUGAAUGAGAGUAAGUUGAUGGAUCUUUUAAACAAUUCUGAUUAUGUCCCAACCUAUGAAGACAAGGAUGGUGAUUGGAUGCUUGUUGGUGACGUCCCAUGGGAGAUGUUUGUUGAAUCAUGCAAACGUUUGCGUAUCAUGAAAGGAAAGGAGGCUAUUGGUAUUGCACCAAGAGCCAUGGAGAAGUGCAAGAACAGACGCUAGACUAGCUAGUCGGCCGUCACACUUGUUCACAAUCUGCUCCAUCCUUCAUUCCUUUGUCAUAUUUUGAUGCACGGUUGGCUUAGUUACUAAAGCAAAGUUAAUCAAGAUGCAGAAGCCACAAAUUAAUGGAAUAGUAUAGUUAAUUUGUGUAUUGUUAUAUGUUUUGUUAUCAUGCAUAUAAUAUAUAUAUAUAUAUAUAUAUAUAUAUAUAUAAUGUUUCAAACAAAAUACAAUGGGAGUCUUAAAUACUGAUUACUAUGAACAGAAACAAUAAAGACUCUAAAUUAUGUUGUUAAACUUGGCUUUAUAUCUUUGAUUUUCUAUUAGUGUGUUUGCUUGCUUAAUAAUUUGAAUCAAAGACAUGUGUUUUGUCUAUCAUUGCUUUAAAUUGUUUUCUGAA